AUGGUCGCGAGCGGGCUACCCAAAACUGAUGAUACCCUCCUUACGGAAACCCUAAUAGGUCUCUCAUAUUUAAGGCAUCCCUCUCUCCCACUCCUUCACCUUCAGUCCGGCGCUCCCAUUCUGCACUUCAUUCUCUCACCUCGUUUGAUUUUGCAGGGGUUGCUUAUAACUCUCUAGAAUGGGUCGUGUUCGUACCAAGACCGUGAAGAAGUCCUCUCGCCAAGUGAUUGAGAGGUACUACUCUCGCAUGACCUUGGAUUUCCACACAAACAAAAAGAUCUUGGAAGAGGUUGCCCUCAUCCCCACAAAGAGGCUGAGGAAUAAGAUAGCCGGGUUCUCUACUCACUUAAUGAAGAGGAUCCAGAAGGGUCCAGUCAGGGGCAUCUCAUUGAAGCUGCAAGAAGAGGAGCGUGAGAGGCGUAUGGACUUUGUCCCCGACGAGUCAGCAAUCAAAACUGAUGAAAUCAAGGUUGACAAAGAGACCAUUGACAUGCUUGCUGCCCUUGGCAUGUCUGACCUCCCCGGGCUUACUGAAGUUGAGCCCCAGGUUGUCAUUCCCACCCAAGGUUUUGGCCGAGGCAGUGGUGGUGGCCCUGGAAGGAGGUACUGAAAGGGUAUCUGAGUUUUUUGUUUGCAUUUUUAAUUUGUACCUGAAGAUUGUUUGUUUGCAUUUUGGUAGUUUUACUUUUGAUAUCUGUUCUAGUAAUAUGGUAAGUGGAACUUUUUUGGUUUAGUUGGGAUGCUUGAUCUGAAGACAGUAGAUUAUUGAAUCGAUCUUCCUACAGAUAUUAAAGUUUUGUCAUCUAA